CGCAGCUUCUGCUGGUCCUGCAGUUUCAGGCCUGAAGGAGCUGCCUCUUGAGAGCUGCUUGCCUUGGAGAGAGUCUGCAGCCAGACAGCUUGAGAAUCCUUCGACAGAAUUGCCUCAGGGGGUGCACAGACCCAAUGUUACCUCACCACUGGGACCAUUUAUUAUUGAUAUCAGAAAUGCUGAGUCAUUAAACAGAGGUCAUAAACCCACCGUUAUUCUGCUAAAAACAUCAGCUGGUCGUUUGUGGUAGCACAGAAAGCAGGAGAGAGCAGGAAACCAGGUGUCUGUGAGGAAGAAAAUGUGAGCUGCAUCAGAGGCCUGGAAGGAUCAGAGAAGAGCCCAGAGGCAGUUGCUAAGGAGGAAAGGCAGGGUGCUGCUCCAGCGCUGGGCUUCGGGCCUGGGAGCAACUGCCACAUGCCACUCUGUGCCAUUUGAGGUUACCAUUUCACCCCACAACACUUUUGAUUUCUCCUGCUGUAAAGGAGCAAACCUAAAACCCUCCCUGACUUCUGUCUGCAAACUGUUCGGCACUUGAGAGGCAUUAGCUCGCUAAUCCCCGCUGCAGAGGCCUGCUGUUCCUCUCAUGUUCCAGAGGGAAAGGCAGCAGCAAUACAGAGAGGUCAUUUGUUUGGCCGUGAGCUCUGCCUCCGGAUUGCAGUCUCCCGAUUUACUACUCGUAGAGAAAGGGGUUUGCCUGUUUGCCCCCCCAGCCCUCCCCAGCGUUCUCAUGCUGCCAGAGAGCUAACGCAGAGAAACAACUUCCAUUCAUUUUGCUACCUCGACUUCGCAUUUACAUUCUUACUCCUCCAGGCAAUUGCCUGAAUCUGAAGAGAUCCUUCUGGGUGGAAAAAAACACUUCUCCAGGAGAUUAGCUUUCAUUUUAAGAGUGAUGCUGCAGACAAAUAUUUCCUUUGAUAGCGGCGUUUGCUUUCCUGCGCGGCAGGGCCGCCCUGUCAGCGCCCAAACUCAACAGCAGACACAUCACACCACACCACACCACAUGGCUUAGGAUGGGCAGGGAGGGGGUUGUUUGGUUUUGUUACGGAUUUCUUCAGAAGAGCAAAUAUAAAGAACCGUGGGGCUCGCCACCCAAGAAGCGUCGCCACAUGGUGCUCCCAGCCGGAGCAGGCACUCCAGGUUUUCGGGGAGCUUUUGGAGUGGAGCGCUCCCGCAGCGCACCGCAGCACACAGCGGCCCGGCCCGGCCCGGCCCGGUUCUCCAGAGGCGGCAUCUCAGCCCGCAUCAACUUCCCCCGCGCUGGCUUUAGGCUCUCCCAGCCGCGCUGGUCCCGGCAGGCCGCGGGGGAAGGACGGGGCCGAGCUCCCCGGCCGCGGACUCAGGAAAUCGACCGCACCUCCGCGGGAGGCCGGCAACCCCCGGGAGAAGCUGCUGCGGGCUGAGCGUCCGCUGGCGCCCCGUAGUUGGGGAAGCAGUGCGGGGCAGUAGGGAAAGAGUUAAGGGAAGGUGGCGGGGCAGGCCGGCUGUCGGAAGCGAGCAUGUGCAGAUUGCAACCGCAUCCAUACUACGGGCGAGUGUCACUAGCACACUUCACCUCCCGGCCGCAGGGCACCCAUGGACACCGAAUUCAGUCUUUUGACACGUCUGGAGUGGUGGAGUCGCCGACCCUGGAGGUGUUCGGAAAUAGCCUGCAUGAGGCACUUGGUGCCAUGGUCUGGUUGAUUGGCUGGGGCUGGGUGCUAGGUUGGACUGGCUGAGCUCGGAGGUCUCUUCCAACCUGGAAGGCUGGCUGGUUGGUGUAUUAGCUCUUGGCCGCACACACCUGGUCUGAAAACGACUGGCAUCUGAAACAGCUCAGACUUGCUGGAGGCAGCCUCGUUGACCUGCGGAUGCUGUGAGCCAGGAGCUGACCAAAAAGUGGGAGAGCUCUAGAAAUUCCUUCUUGGCAAAGAGUGCCUGCUCAGGAGUGUGCAGAAGAAUGGCUGCGGCAGAACCUCUGACCGCUUUCUCCCGAUGGUACCUCUAUGCCAUUCAUGGCUAUUUCUGUGAGGUGAUGUUCACAGCCGCUUGGGAGUUUGUGGUCAACUUCAACUGGAAGUUCCCAGGUGUUACCAGUGUGUGGGCGCUCUUCAUCUAUGGCACCUCCAUCCUUAUUGUGGAGAAGAUGUAUCUGUAUCUCAAAGACAAGUGUAACAUUUUAGUGCGCUGCUUCAUUUACACACUUUGGACAUACCUCUGGGAGUUCACCACCGGCCUCAUCCUACGCCAGUUCAAUGCCUGCCCGUGGGACUACUCCCAGUUUGAUUUUGACUUCAUGGGCCUGAUCACCCUGGAGUAUGCCAUCCCAUGGUUCUGUGCUUCUUUCAUCAUGGAGCAGCUGGUGAUCAGGAACACCCUGCGCUUGCGAUUCGAUGAGACUGCUGAGCCGGGGGCCCCCACCGUCCCCGUGGCCUUGGCCAAUGGUCAUGUGAAGACUGAUUGAGCAGUGACUGGGAACCGCUUAGCGACCUGAGAGAGAGCCCAGACCUCUGCCGCGGACUGUCAGCUCUGGCUUUGAGGUACUGCACCUUGCUGUAUGAUAAGAUUCAUAAAUCCCAUUUUUCUAAUGGGGAUGUGCAUGGGAUAUACCAGAAAAAAAAAAACAUUGGAACCAAUAGAUUUUUCUAUGGAUUUACUCUUUGGGCUCCAAGGACCCAAAGAUUUGUUAGUUAGGUCACUUCUGAUUUUAACUUAUUACAGAUAAAAGCAGUCCUUUUGCUUAUACUUUUACGUGGAGAAAGAAGAAGAAGAAGAAGAAGAA